UUGACGACCGCUGGGGGCCUGUCGGGAAGCCGCUUCUUGCGCUCAGCUGUGUUCUCCCUGCCGGACUUCACGUACGCAGGGGGUGGCAGAAUCGCUUUUUCCUCGAGUGGGCGGCAGGGGUUCUAUCCGGAAAGGAGACGCUCGCUGUAUUCCAGGGAGCGUCGUCUCGCCGGUGGAAAAAAAUGAACUCCAACGUGGCGUACAACGCAGCGCCGGGUACUGCGCAAGCCGGAGUGCGGGACUACCAAGUGGGACCUGGACGAGAAUGACCCAGCAUGGACAAAGGCACUCUGAAUGCAGCUUUCAGCUGCUUAGAGGGCAUUUACACAAACCAGAAUGUGGGCAAGCAUGUGAGCGCCUUGUUGCAAGCUAGUCGAGGCUCAGCCUCCCACUUUUUGCCUCCCUAUCCACUGUUCCCACCUCUUGCACCACCAUUGCCGGCAACUGAUGACUGUGCCAAAAAAGCCCACCCCCCUCAGCAACAGCAACAGCUGCAGCAACCGCAACAGCCACAGCAACAACAGCAACAGCAACAUUCCAGAGUUCCCAGCUCGGGUACUUCAGCAAAGUCUGAACGCAAGGCAAAGCGUGAUCCGGGAGCAUCAGCUAAUGAUGGUUGGGUUCAAGGACAAGAAAAGUUCAGCUGGGAUGGCUCACCAGUGGCUGCCUACAAUCCCGCGACGAAGAUGUUCCGCUGUGUUGCAUGCAACACAUUGGGAUUUCUCUCAAGAAUUGCCGAGCACUACUUGGGAACACAUGUCAAUGCCAAGCAGGUGUUCCAGUGUCCAGAGUGCCCAUACAGCAGCGCUUGGUCACGAUGUGUUCGACUGCACUUGGGCAAGGUACAUGGCAUCCAGAAUGCUCCAGCGUCAUUGUGGCGUGACCAACCUUUGCUCGAUGAAAUCAUGGGGCUGCUGCAGAACCUGAAAAACUUGGCUGAGUCUUCUGGGGGCGCAGGGCUGGCUGCAGCACCUGCCACUCCAGCUGUAGAUAAGCGCUAUGUCUGUCCUCGCUGCCCGUAUGCUACUGACCGCAGAGACCUAUACCACCGACACGAGAACAUCCACAAGGAUGACAAGCCUUUCCACUGUUAUGUUUGUUUCAAGUUGUUCAACCGAGCCGACCACGUCAAGAAGCACUUUCUGCGCAUCCACAAGAACCACCCCUAUGAUAUUGGCCUGAUACGGCGCCAUCCGCCACGCUCAGCAACACACACAAGCCAUGGUCCUUCAGCUAGUGGCCACCAUCACAGCAACAAUGGCCAGUGGACACACCCUGCUGGUGCAGCACGUCUUGCCCAGCCGUCCAACUGUGCUGGUCCAGCUGAUUGUUCCAGGGCUUUGCCUGUGCCUACCAAUGGCUGUCCUGCAGGUGGUGCACAAGCCUGGGGCUUCCAUGCUGGCAAUGUGCCUGCUGUGUGCAGUGGCAGUGGCCCCAAGGCCAUGGGCUGCCCUGCUGCCCUGCCCCAAGAGACAACGGCAAAAGGAAAACGUGGGGGUUCGGGCAAAGCGGCAGCUACUGCCACAAGCGGAACUGCAGCAGCCAAAACAUUUGCCUGUGCCUACUGCCCCUGGCGUGGCGUAGAUGGCUGGUGCUUGCGGCGACAUCUUAACACGCACAUCAAGCCAUUUUCCUGCCCCUUUUGCGAGUACAAGGCAGCCCGGUCAGAGCGCCUGAACACGCAUGUGCUGAAGGUUCACGGGAAGCAUCUGUGCAACAAGUGCCACUUUGCGGGGGAGGACUCUAUUGCUCUGGAGCGCCAUGUCAAAGAGAACCACUUGAGCUCGAGCUUGAACGACAAGUCACGUAUGGGCUGCUCCCUGUAUCCACCGUUUCCUGUACGACCACCACACCCACCAAUUUCGCAGCCAGUGGACAAGUGCAAAAUUGAGCCCUGUGGAUGUUCAGUGCCCAAUGGCACCAGCGCUUGCACUUCCAAUUCAAAACCGCAGGUGGGACCAACUGAGCAGCGAGGGCUAGCAGACUGCGUGUCCCCGGGGCCCGCCCGUAGCCGGGAGAGUGGCUGCAGGGACGACCCCAACAGCCUGGCCACAGUGUUCCCUUACCGCUGCGUUGUGUGUGGAUUCUGCUCCUUUACUCAGGACACAAUGAUUGCACACAUGCGCCUCCACUCGGGUCAGACACUUCGCUGCCGAGCCACGGAUGCAUGCUGUCAGUACAGCACCCCUUUCGAGGAUGUGCUGCGUAAGCAUGUUUCCACAGAGCAUGGUGAUGACGAUGCAGUGGCGCGGUGCCCACACUGUGGGAUGCCAUGCAGUAGUGCCAAGGUGCUGACGCGGCAUGCAGCAGAAAGCCACCACAACCUGGCACUCAAGGCCCGCUGUGCUGACUGUGCAGUGAUGCUGUUGCGCCAUUUUGGACUGGUGGCCGAAGCAGACACUGCUGUCAGGGUCUUAGCAGCACCCGUGCUGCAGGUUCAACGAUUGAAGCAGUCUAGGAAGCAACCCAAACCCCGGAAAGUAGUUGUUUGUUGCUCUGAUCGCUGUGGAAAGUCCCAGCUAGGCUCAACAGCUCCACUACAUCGGCGAAAACGUUGUGCACCAUCACGCGUACCUUUAGGAAAGUCCUCGCUGAGCCUGUCCUGUCACCACUGUAAAUUGGAAGGUGGACUGAGGCGCAAGAAGGCAUUCAGGUGUCACAGUAGUUACCUGGUCCACAUGUACUGGUGCCACUUGAGGGAACGACAUCGAUGCUCCCGGUGUGGGUUGGGGUUUAGGCAUGGCUACCAGUGUUAUCUUCACUCGAAAAAACAGCACAGCUAGCCAAGGCCUUUCUACAGAUGUCUUUAGGUUGUUGUUGUUGUUGUUUCCACCGUGAUAGCAGGAUUCACUGUUAUCAAUAUUAUCCUGAGCCUAGGUACCUGUGCGAAGCACCCAGUGAGUUUGUUUAUCACACCGAGAUUGUGAAGACAAAAUAUAUUGUCCUGAUGAAAGUAACUUGGUUAAAUGGGAAGUUAUUUUGCAGACCUCUUGUUGUGUCUUCAAGCUAAAUGUGCGCUGACCUUGUUUUCCUGACAUAUGUGUGGUUGCCCCACAAUAGUGUGUGGCGCUUUGAACUAUAGCUUUAGUUCAAAGCUGGCUUCUUAAGCUGUGCUCAUUGUACCCUUGGAAGCCAUGGACUGUAAGGUAAACAUGGGCUUUACUUGCAGCAUAAUUGCAGACCAUAUGUGUUCAUGUAGCACGUGAAUAUUUCCUGCGAGAAUUUCAUUUCUUUAACAUAUGACAUCUUGCAUGGAUUAAUAUUGCCAAGCCAGCUUUGCUUGAUGUUUUGGACUCCACUGUUCAGCGUGCAGUGCCCAAGUUACCUUUAUCAGUACAUAUUCUUUGAGGACAAUUCUAGUUGCAGAGCUCUAGCAUUUACUUUGUUAUUUACAUUUGAAGUCAUUUGUGACAAAUUUGUUUUUAUUAGCACUUUUUAUAGGCAAGGUUACCAUAAGGUUGUGUGCAAUUUUCCUUACAAGAAACGUGCUGUGGUAGAGAAAAUACUAGGUUGUUAUUACCAGAUGUUGCUCUCAUUCAUAGAUUUAUAGAUGCUAAAACAGUGAUAUGUCAUAUGCUUUCUCAGCUGUACACAAACUGCCAUUGUACCAAUUACUGAGGAUUGUCCAAACACAAAACAUUCUUGAACACCAUGCUCAUGUACAAAUUGUUAAAAUUUAGCUGGAAGGAAGGGGGGUGAGAGUGCAAUUUAUUCUUGCUAUCUAUAUGUACAGACAGGGCAUAUAUAUGUAUAUAUACACACAAGUUUGUGCGUUACACUGUUUCUGAGUAAUAUUUAAAGCUAUUUGUCAUAACAAACUGCCUUUUUUUGGCAUUGAGUAUCUGAAACUUCUUCUAUCAAGGUAGCCCAUUGGUGACAUUCCAUUUUAUUGCCGAGUAAUCUCCUGGAUAACCUGUUCUGUUGUCAGAAAAAAAAAAUUAUAGUCUUAAAAAAACAAGGGAUUUCCAUGUAGCUGGGUAAUUUUCUCAAAUAAAACUGAAUAUUAAGUAGCAUUAUGUUUCACCAUAGGAUAUACCAUGUGGCUUUGUGGUGCUACAAGUUUCGUUGGUUUGCAUGGUAGAAGAGCGGCAUAUUGGUGAGCUGGGAUGGACAGUUUAGUUCAUAAUAAGGUGUUUUGUGCAUUCUGUGAUUAUGGGUGAUUGAAAUAAAUUUUAUAUUGAUGAAACAUACUGUGCUGGGCAUCCUACCUCACAUAUGUGAUAUGGUAAAUCAGCUGUUGCAUAAUGUUUGCUGAUAAUAAUAUAGAGUUAUCUUUAUUAAGUUUCAGAUUGAAAGCAUUUGUGUUUUAAUGCUAAGGGUUUCUACUGUUCACUCUGAGUUGCUUGACUAUCAUGGUACCAGUUUUCAUAUUCCAUCUUCUUGGUGCUUGAUGAUGUAAUGCCUAGAGGGCAUGCUAAGUCCAGGGUACAUUAACACUAUGUAGGCUGUAGAGUUCAAAUACUUGUCCUUUGAUAUUUGAACCAGAAUAGUCUUUAUCAGGAGGCUUGAAAGGAUGUUAUACUCAAGAUAGCAGAUGCCACUAAAUAGAUUAUCUUAAUAUCAGUCCUGCGGCAUCGGAAUUUUGAAUUAAUGGACAUUUUAAUUUUUAAAUCAAUGGAAUAAAGCUGUGGCAAAGGGUAAAAUUUUGUAUUUUCAUUUUAGAUGCACUUUGCUUUACAUUUAGUCGGAGUACAUUAUUGCUUACUUGACUUAGGCACAUAUACAUGUACAUGGAACUUUCCUGGACUUGUACAACACACAUAUUUAACAAAGAAGCUUUGGUGGCACAGAAAUUGAGUGCUCUUUGAGUGACAAGUGGAGAUUUUGCCGAGUGUUCAUUUACAGAAAGGACUUCAGGUUUAUAAUAUUCAACUUCUUACACCUUGCUUUCUUCUAUCACUGAAGUUUCAGCAUUCACCUUACUUUUGUCCUAACUUUUUUUUUGAGUGUGUGAAUUGGAGUUUUCCUUUAGGUUGGCAAUCAGAUUGCUUAGCCUUAGGUAGCUGUGCUGUUUUUACGAGCUUUCUAGGUGCUGUAUUCGAAAUGUUUUUGUUGGGGCAAACCAUGGGGCUUUCAAAUACUCUGUUGUAAAACCAUCUUGGGAGCAAACUUGUAAGUUUCCCUAGCACAGCCGAAAAAAAAACAUUCAUUCAUGCAUUAGCUGUGCCAUAUAAGACUGUUUUUUGCUCUACUUAAAUACUUUCUGGGAUAUACUUUAUAUGGCAUGGACACAGUGGCUAUUGUUAUGAAUUGCAGACUGACGCCGUAAUCUCCAUGUCACCAUUCCACAAAGGUGUGUUUUGAUAUAGUUUCAUUACUGAACUGUUAAGCAUGCUUUUAUGCUAAAGGUGUAUGUGAGUGUGUGUCCAGGUGUGUGCACGCGUGUGUGUGUUUUUAAUGAGAGAUGCUAUGUGUAUGGUCCGUUGCACAGCUGGGAAAAACAUCUGAAAAGGUGGCACCAGUACAUGUUGUAUACAUGGUAUAAGAGGAAUUGGCCAUUGCCUCUAAGUGGUGAAAGGGCCAACAAAAUUUGUGAGAUACUGAAUAUGUGACUUAGUUUAGGCUGUGUAGGGAAAAGUGUGCACUCGUUUUAGAAUUACGUAUCAGCUUAUUGCUCAAAUUUUAAUCAAAAGAUAUCAUUUUGGUGUGCCGAAUUCUUGAAGCUGGAUGUGUAGGUAAGCUAUUAAAAAUUUCGAACAUGCUGGUUACAGAGUAGCUUUCAUACAAUGGGUUUUCAUGAAUGUCUGUUGUAAGUUGGAUGCAGAAGUUUUGAAAAAUCAAUCAUGAGUAAAGAUAAGACAUUCUAUUAAAAUAUUGCUGUUUACCUUGUGGAUCUACUGAUACAGUCGUGUGAUGUCAGUGCUGUGUACAUUGUCUAACUGUAGCUUCAUUUAUUGACAUGGACAUUCUUUUCGAGAAUUUUAAAGGCUUUCUGGCAGCGUGUAUGAAUUAACUUUGUGAGACCCCCCCCUUUUUUUAUUUGAUUCUGCAUUGAUUCAGUGACCAGUUGGCUAUAGCAUUAUUCAACGUGUUGUACCACAUAUAUUAAGUACCUUAUUUUUAGUUAAGCUCGCUUGUUGUAAUAAAUAAUUUGAUAAUUGGCUUUGUCUGUUAGUUCUCAUUAAUAUUGUGUAUAACAAAGAAAAUGAGCCCUUGAAAUUAACACUUCUUUCCUUCAUUGAUAAUGCCAUGUCAUUUCGUAGGACAUAAGAACUUAGUUUUAUUGACUUUAAGAAAGCAAGAUUUGUGCUGUUUGCAGCCCUGAAUCAGCCUGACUUUCCAAUUAAACAGUGUCUUUUAACUUUUACCUAGUUGCGCAUACACUGCCCUGCAUUCUCAUUUCACUGUGACCUGUUGAUUUGCUGGACAGUCUGUCAAAACUUCUGAAAGACUUGGAUGAUGCCAACAUGAAACGUUGAACUGGCAAGGAUAUUAUGAAUGUUGAGCUAAACGGCAGCAUGCAUUGCACAGUGGUGACAUGCAUUGUGUAAGUGCACAAUUUAUUUGGGUGAAGAAAAUUUUCUUUCAAAAACUUCUUUUAUUGUGUGUUGGCACUUUGGCUACAAGCAUACAUUUUGUGCAAAAUACAGCAGCUCUGCGUUGUGACAGGCAUAUUGCUAAUUCAGUGGUAGUCAAUUUAAUUGCAGAGUAGCAGUUUUGGGCUCAAUGUAUAGUGGUCUCAUUUGGUGGUGCUGUUUUUCAUGCAUAAUAUGAACUAUUUCUUGGCCUGUAUUUUUAUAGGCUGUGCUUGAAUUUAUUGCACACCCUGGUUUGCAGCCUUUGCUCAAGCAAAUACCAUACACUUGUACAUAUGUCUAUGUAUACGUUGGACAAAUUGCUGUGACACCUGAAUACCUAAAUACCGGAACCAUGUGGCAUUCAUCUUCCAAUGAGCGAGCCACUGUAACUCUUCUUGUGGUGUUUUGAUUACUGCUUCAAAAUGUGCAUGCAACAAUCAUACUUGUAUGUCAAAAAAUUGCGUAGCGUCCAUAGUCUGUAGAAAAGUCUCAUUUCUCACAAUAUUCUUUGUUGUUUACUCUCAUCAGCAUAACGCACGCGUGUACUUGGUUGUUGCGAGAUCUGUAAGGUUCUCUGUGCUGUCAGCCUCGAUUGUUUUUCAUUUUGCUCCACACUCCUCAUUUUACUCAGCAUUGGAUUUAUGGUUGUGUAUGAUCCAUCAUACCAGUGUUUUCUAUUUCCAAAACUCUGUUUCACACAUUUCAGAUGGAGUCAAAUAAAAAAAAUGCUUGGUUUUGUUUUUU